AUGGAAAAAGAACUCCAAGAAUCCGAGGUGAUUUUCCCGGAAAAUGCAGAAACCAAUAGCAACUUCUCAGUUCACUAUUCGAAUUCACGUGAACUGAGUAAGAACAAGCCGAAUAGAAAGAAGAAGAAGAAGAAAAUGAAUUCAGUUCGGGUGAAUAUCCCCCAGACUUUUUGUGGAAAUUCGUGGUUUCGGUGCGUGGAAUCGGGCAUCUUCCACGACCAGUUAAUUCCACCUCACCUGAUCCUCGGCCGGAGAAUCGGCGCAGAAAUGGCUUUCUCAGUUUACAAGGGAAAUGGGAGGACUCAGAAAGGAAGGGGCUUGAGCGAAAUGAGGAAUUCAAUUAUGAGAUGA